CCUUGGAUUGCACUGCACCGUUCCUUGAAAAUUUCCACAAGAUAUACAUGCUGGAACCCCGCCAACAUUCGUCCUUAACUGUCUACUCUGUAUCAUUUCUCCGACAGAUAUUGGUCCGCCAACAUUCGUCCUUAACUGUCUCUGUAUCAUUUCUUGGACAUACAUUGGUCCGCCAACAUUCGUCCUUAAGGCUUGAGAUAGCCCUUGAGGAUUGCACCGUGCAGUACUGUUCAUUAAUCCUUUUGCACUCAAUUUCUACCACUCAAGCUUGAGUUUGCUAUUUCCUGUGGUGUGGCUCUUCAUCUUCUUCACAAGUAAUUUAUUCAGAUAUAGAGAGCUUUCUCUUCUCAAAUUUGGGUUGGCACCGAAUAAUUAAAUAAAGCAUUGUGGCUUUGAGAAUAUCAGAAGAGCUAACUCAUUUCCUCGAUUAGUUUCUUCUGCAACAAAUACAUCCGCUAGUUCUGUUGCCUCUUCAACUUGCCACAGAGAAACAGACUACAUAGAGAUUUCUCUUGUCGAAGAAUUUCAUCACAGAAAACAAUUCCACAGAGGAGGGAAAAAAGACUGAACUGAAAAUGUGUACUCCUCAAGGCAUAAUUGAGAAGUUGGGAUGUCUGGCCUUUGAUGAAGCGGUCAAAGCAGCAAUCAAGGCAGGGAAAUAUGUUAUUCACUACAAGACAAACCUCGAAAAUCUGCAAGCUGAAAUGGGAAGUCUUAAAGAUCGUAGCGAAAUAAUUGAAGAAAACGUUUGUGUGGCCAAUCAACGCGGUGAAGAGGUUUAUAAUGCUGUUUUGCAUUGGCGCACGGAGGUGAACAGGAUGACACGUGAUGUUCAGGAACUUGUGGGGCAGAGCAGUGGUACGGGAAACAUGAGUUGCCUUGCGUGCUCAUGUCCUAACAUCAAGCGGCGUUACAGACUGAGCAAACAAGCCGAAGAGAAGAUAGCGGGUGUCCAAAAACUCACUCAAGAUAGCCAUUUUGAUGAAAUUUCACACGCUAGGCCGUCUCCUUCAGAACUUGAGUUCCCAUCCAACAAGAAUUACAUUAACUUGGACUCUAGAGCACCGGUCUUCAAGGAUAUCGUGGAUGCAUUAAAAGAUCCCAGUGUUAAUGUUAUUGGUGUACACGGGUUAGGAGGCGUCGGUAAGACCACGUUAGUUGAGGAGGUGGGCAAGAAAAUGCGACACGAUGGAACUUUUAAGCAAGUCCCACUAGCAGUUGUCUCUAAGGAUCUCAAUGUGAAGGAAAUACAAUCAAAAUUAGCUGACAGAUUGGAUAUUGAAUUGGAUGCCACAAGUGCUGAAAAAGGAAGAGCAACUAAGUUGUGGAAUAAAUUCAUCAACGGGGAGAAAUAUCUCGUCAUAUUGGACGAUAUUUGGGAAGAGGUGGACAUUAAAGCUAUUGGUAUUCCUCUCGUAAAUGGGUCGACGACAGGCUGCAAAGUUUUGCUAACAUCUCGAAAUGAAAAUUUGUUAACUAGAAUGAAAGUCGAUAGAAGUUUCCCAAUUGCAGAACUACCGAUGCCAGAAGCAUGGACCCUAUUCAAGAAACUAACGGGAAAUUCUAUUGAUGAGUCUCGGCCAGAAAUAUAUUAUCUAGCGUGUGAAGUGUGCAAAAAAUGUAAAGGUUUGCCAGUUGCCAUAAAUGCACUUGGAGCAGCGUUAAAAGGUAAGCCAGAUCAUGCAUGGAAAAAUGCACUGGAUAACCUUGAGAGGCACAUGAUCACGAACAUUGAGGGCAUUAACCCAAGUGUUUUGGCUUCUUUAAAGUUGAGCUACGAUAUGUUGUGGUCCUCGGAUGCAAAAUCUUGUUUCUUGCUAUGUUGUUUGUAUCCUAAAGAUGUUGAGACUUCAAUCGAUGACUUGGCGAGACAUUGCUUAACGAGGUGUUUGCUCUCUCAAAACCCGCGUACGCUAGAGGAAGCAAGAGAUGCUGUACGUACCCUGGUUGGUUCCCUCAAAUCUGCUUCUCUGCUGUUAAAUGACAAUGAUGAAAAUGUUGUAAGGAUACAUGAUGUCAUAAGAGAUGUUGGCAUCUCAAUCGCACGCAAGGAAGAAGCAUUUCUUAUCGAUCAUGGUGCUGUUCGAUGGCCUCGUAAUCCUAUUAAUGGGCCUCGGUACUCAGCAAUCUCGUUAAGAGCUGAAAAAAUUAAAGGGCUUCCGAAUGAGUUGACAUGUCCGCAACUCCACACCUUGAUGUUCAUCAAUAGCAAAUUUUCAUAUCUUAAAGUUCCAGACAAUUUUUUUAGUGGGAUGAAGCAACUUACAGUGUUAAUUUUAUGUCGAAUGAGUUUGCAGAAACUACCAUCAUCGCUCGCAAAAUUAUCAAGCCUUGGAAUGUUAUGUCUGGAACAUUGCCAGUUGGAGGCAUAGUUUUAAAUCGCGGUAUCGGUCGCCGUCGCGGUAUCGGUCGCGGUAUAUCGGUAUCGGGACAUAUCGGUGAUACGUCGCUGGAAUCGGGUGUCGCGGUCGUGAAUUUUUAAAAAUCAUCAGCAACAUGUAUAAAACUUGA